AUGGACGUGGAGGAGCCGAGUUGCGGGGCUCAAUUCCGCGCCGCCGUUCAGGUUAUCCAAGGGCUGCCCCGGAGCGGUUCGUACCGACCCUCUUAUGAGGAGAUGCUGCGCUUCUACAGCUACUACAAGCAGGCCACGGCGGGGUGCUGCCAAGGCCCGAGGCCCGGCUUCUGGGACCCCAUCGGGCGGUACAAGUGGGAUGCCUGGCACAGCCUGGGGAAGAUGUCCAAGGAGGAGGCGAUGGCGGCUUACGUGGCUGAGAUGAAGAAGGUGGCCCAAAAGAUCAUUGACACGGUGCCCAUGGACGAGACCUCGAAGGAGAUGUUUGGGUACUUUGAGCCGCUCUACGAGGUGAUCCACGACAUGCCCCGGCCCCCCGAGUCCUUCUUCAAGAGGAAAGGGGGCAGUCAGAAGCAGACAGCUGAGCCCAGCCAGGACGACACAGGGAGCAGCCCAGCUCUGGAGCACCCCAACGAUGCCCUGCCCAAGGAGCAACAGAUUGGGCAGCAUGGGCCAGCAGGUGGGCUGGGGCUGGCAGUGCCCGAGGCGCGCCAGGCUGGCACGGGAACCAGCGACUCCGAGGGGGAUGUGUUCUGUGACACCCUGGAGCAGAUGGAGCCUGAGCAGGCUGGGCAGCCCCUGGCUCUGACCCCAAACAGCAGCAUCCAGCCUGGGCCUGAGCCCCCAAGGCCCCACGGUGCUGGUCAGGGUGAAGGCAGAAGACUGGAGGGGAGGAGCAGCGCUGGCCUCACAGCCCCUGGCUCCCAGAGAGACCUGCAGCCUGCUGGGGGAGAGCAGGACACUGGGAGCAGCCCUGAGCUCAGUCAGGGGCUGCUGGUGGAGCUGGACACCCACAUAGCUGGCACCAUCCAAGCCUUGCAGGACGACAUGCGGCAGGUGCUGGAGCACCUGAGCCAGCUGGAGGCGCUCACCGCCGCACAGGGGGACACCGCUGAGGCCGACCUUGGCCAGCCGCUGGAACUGCAGGCAGCGUCCGCGUGGCCUCUGGCCAUCUCCCCACGCACCCUGCGCAUCCUGCUCUUCCUCGCCACCUGGCCCUUCCUCACCCAGUGGCUGCUGCGGCGCUGGCAGGGCAGGAAGAGUCGAGGAAGCGCCGAGGGCAUCGCCUCACCCAGCCACGGGGCUGCUGUGGGCCGGGACCCCAGCCCAGAGGAGGGGAAGCCACCGCGCACCGCCGAUCGCCACCGUCACUCUCAGGGUCUCACCAGCACUGUCGGCACGCAGAGGGACCGGCUGCCCAUGGGGAUCGGGACGUGGCAUCACCCCCACGCCCCAGAUGGGAUCCCAGGGGAUCCCCUCGCUGCUGCCCACAGACGGAUCUGCUGGCACCGUGCUCCUGGCACUGGGCUGGUGGCAGGGGACAGCCACGGUCCCUAUGCCCGGAGCCCGGUUCCAUGA